UCUAAAUCGACCGUGUAACUAGGGCAAUACGAACAAAGAUCAGGAAUGAAGUUUCGAAAUUGUUACACGAAUACUUCAACAAUAUAAUAUCGGGGUACAAGCUUUUCGAUGUUCAGAUAACGAACAUUAUUCGUAUAAGCCGCAUGUAUUCGGAUAGGCUAUGGAAAAAGUUAACGUUAAACCAUUGCUGUCCGUUGGUGAAAUUUUUCGGUCCUUUGAAAAGAAUUUAAGUUUUCAGAACCCUAUAAAAUGGACAAGUGCAAUCGCUAUAAUCCUAUACCAUGUGUUCGCCGUUUACUGGUGUUACUAUUACACUUUUCCUGUUAAAUGGGAAACUGUAGUUUUUGCUUUAAUCAUGUACGUAGCCACUGGCUUCGGUAUCACUGGUGGAGCGCACCGGCUAUGGACACACAAAGCGUACAAAGCUACAUUACCAUUGAAACUGUUCCUUCUCAUGUGUUUUGCUUCAAGCGGUCAAAAUUCCUUAGAGCAAUGGGUGCGCGACCAUCGUGUGCACCACAAGUACAGCGACACGGAAGCAGACCCUCACAACGCAAACCGAGGCUUCUUCUUCUCCCACAUUGGCUGGUUGAUGCUGAAGAAAAACGACCAAGUGCUGCAACGCGGGAAACAGAUGGACAUGUCUGAUAUCACCAACGACCCGUUGCUGAGAUAUUUUAACAAACAUUUCGUAUAUAUCAAAUUACUGUUUUGUUAUGCUCUACCGCUCCUUAUUAACGUCGUCCUGUUGGGGGAAAACUGGCGAUGUGCUGUGGCGUGGCAAUUCUUCAUCCGGUUCCUUAGCAUGUUCCACAGUGAGCUGACAGUGAACAGUCUUGCUCAUAUUUAUGGAUACAGGCCUUAUAACAAAAAUAUCGUGCCAAAAGAAAAUCGUUUUGUAGCAACCUGUACUUUGGGAGAAGGGUGGCACAACUACCAUCACGCAUUCCCCUUUGACUACAAGGCGGCUGAGCAUUUUGAUUUCUUCAAUUGGGGCACAGUUUUCAUUCGGUUCUUCAACAAAAUCGGCUGGGCUUAUGACCUCCGCGAAGCUACUCCUGAAAUGAUCAACUCAAUGGCAGAUAGAUUAGGCGAUGGAACACCAGUGCACUUCCCGACUACGAAAUCAGAGUGAUGUUACAAAUGUUUCAGGUUGCGAGGAAUUAGAUCGAGGUUAACGAAUUGAAUGGGUAUAGACACAAAUACCUACUAUUGUUUAAUAUGUUAAUACAAUUUAUGUGUAAGUUAGUG